AUGACUAUUGAAGAUUCAGUUCCAGCAUUAGAUGCUUUAAUUGCAAAAAAAGUAGCCAAAAAAGUACUUAAAAAAAAAAAUCAAGAUACUAUCGAUAAUGAAGGCCCUUCUCCUGUUAUAACUUUAGAAAGAAACACAGCAAAGCAACCAGAAUUUGUAGUAGAUUGGUUUCAAGAAACAAUAAAAGGUUUUGGUAGACAUCAUGUUACUUCCAGAUAUAUUAAAAUACAAUUCAAUGUAAAAAAAAGCUUCUUUACUAAUCCAAAUACAAAUCUAUAUUAUGAAAC